AUGGAGGAUCUGGCCACCGCCAUCAUCCUCCUCGUGAAAAAUGGGGGCGCAAUGAAGGGCGGCAAGGUCGACCAGUCGGGGAUGCGCCGGCGCAUGUCGUCGUGCUUGUCACUGAUCCUCCAGCCGCCAACUUCGUCGUCGUCCGCGGCAUUCCGGCGUGCGUGGUCGAUGCCAUCGAUCAAGGCGCUGGCGGCAGCAGGCGCGCUGCAGCAGUGGUGGGAGUUGAGACUUGGUUGGAUCAUUACCAGGAAACACUCCUUCACGCGUGCCCUCGAGAUGAGCGUGGACGUGGCCGCCGUGCUCGGAUGCCACUGCCUCAGCACGCUCCGACACGUCUUCUACAAGGGACGCGUCAAUGUGCACCGCCUCCUGGGCCGCGACGGCCUCCUGCUUGAAGGCGUCUUCGUGCAGGACUUCAGGUGCGACUGCAUCUACUACGACCAGAACUUCAACAAUGGAGACAUCGACGCCAGAUGCUAG